UAGCUUUCUACCUACUUUCUCGAUCCGGCCGAAACCCCAAAGCCCACCGCCACCCUGUCCCCGUCCGUCGCCGGCGAGCGCCACCUGUCUACCACCAUGCCAACCACGGCCGUCGCACGAUCCUUCUUCUCAUCGGCAGCACCGCCUUCUCUCCUCCACGCUGGAUCGCGGGCCACGGUCGCCUCCUUCCCGCUUGGAUCUCCUCCUGCCGUCGCGCUCUCCCUCUCGGUCUCCGCCUCCGCCCCCACCUCGCCGUGGGCGCCGGCGGCCAACCCCAAGUACCACAACGCGAAGGUGGACGCGGGGGACGAGGACGUGGACGGGGGCGAUCUGCUGCGGCAGUUCACGCGGGAGGUGGGGCGAGCCGGCGUCAUGCACGAGGUCAGGCGGCGGCGGCGGCACGAGAACGCGCGGGACAAGCGCAAGCGAAAGUCCCGCGACGCCGCAUGGAGGUUCAGCCGCAGGCGUUUCAAGGGUCCAUAUCCAUUUGACGAUGAACAGGGGUCGAAGGAGCGAACCACCGACGAUGAUGGGCGUGACAACUGGGAGCUUCCUGGAGGAGAGUUUCCUUCUUUCAGAUGAACCAAGAAGCUACAUUUACUGAUGGUUUGUCAGACAAAGAAUUCCGACCAUGCAACUUCAGUUAUAUUUCUGUAGUUGGAGGAGGAACUUAACUUAUUUUGUGGGGAUCCCUAAUUCAUUUAGGAGGAGGUAGGACUUGGCUAGGUAGGGUGAAUUUCAUGCAUCUUUGGGAUUGAAAGUCCUGCUAUGGAUGUUAUGUACCUAGUAUAUCUCAAAGCACUGUGUGAGUGUGUGUAAUUCUGGUAGAAUCGCCAGUUUGCUGCAAUGGCUCAACGCCAUGUGUUCUUCUAUUGGAAUAGAAUUGAUGGUUUGCUGUUGCAAA